UGAAAGCGCUUGUGGCCCUGGGCAACGCGGAGUUUCUCUGGGGAGGCAGCGCUUCAAACGUGUUCUGUGACGAGUGGAACAGCAUGUUUACCGACACAGGCUAUCAUGGCGCCGGAGGUUGGGAAGUGAAGUGUGACCCACACGGCAUGGUUACCGACCUGCGUGUGGACUUCCCCGAUUCCUAUUUUGAAUUUGGAGAAGCAGGAGUCGUGCGGGAAGCCAUCACAGCUUUCUCUGCUCUCCAAACUCUGAAUCUGGGUCUGAUAGGCUACGCUGGAAACUUGGAGUUCAUCAGUCUUUUCUCCACCAAAUUGCAACAUGUAGAUCUGAGGUUCUCCGGCUUCAAUGGAUCCAUUCCUGAAUCCAUCGGCAAUGCCACAAGUCUGACGUACCUAGACCUCUCGUACCUGGCUGUCAGUGGAAGUCUCCCUUCCAGCAUCAGUCGCCUCACUGCACUCCAGUUCCUCGAUGUGAGCUUCAACCAGCUCAAUGGCUCCCUCCCUGACUCCAUCACCCGCCUUGCAUCGCUGCAGCACCUGGGGCUUGGAUUCACCAACCUGAGUGGCCCCAUUCCUGCUCGCCUGGGCAGACUUAUCAGUCUGACGUCCCUGAACGUCUCAGGCACGGGGCUGACCUGCCCUGCAGAGGGCAGCAAGUGUGUGGUGCAGCAGAGAAACACCACCAGCUUCUGCCACCUCUGCUCCCCCUUCUGCUCCUCCUGUACAU